GAUGCCGAAGGCCGCGGCGGAUGCCAAGCUCCUCAUCCAGUCCCUAAACAAGGCCUAUGCUGCCACGCCCACAAAUCUCAAGAUCAUUGACCUGUAUGUGAUUUUUGCUGUGGCGACCGCCCUUGUUCAGGUUGUUUACAUGGGAAUAGUUGGAUCAUUUCCCUUCAACUCUUUCCUUUCUGGUGUCCUGUCAUGCAUAGGAACUGCAGUGCUUGCUGUGUGCCUCCGUAUUCAAGUCAACAAGGACAACAAGGAAUUUAAGGAUCUUCCUCCAGAAAGAGCCUUUGCAGAUUUUGUCCUGUGCAAUCUUGUGCUCCACCUUGUGAUCAUGAACUUCCUCGGAUAAGAAACUGUCCUUCAAGCUAUCGAGAUUUUGUAGUGCCCUAAUGUUUGACACUGUAAUUAUGUUGGAUAUUCAUGUGGUAUCACACACUAUCUUGUAAUCCCAGAGUUUCUCUAUGAACUAUAAGAGUUUGGUGGAUUUAGUGUUAACAAUGUAAGAACAUGAGAACUUACUUUCUUUUGAGGCAGUGAAGACUGGAAAGAUAACUCAAUAUUAUCAUUGUGCUUUA